CACAAUCUCCAGCCGGCAGUGUCACUCAACGAAAAAUACCACAAUUACCCCACGCACAGCCGAUUAGGUGCAGGUAACAGUCUAAUGGUUAGCCAUGGAUGAGGAGGACAGCCAGGAUGAGUUGGUCAUCAAGAACACAUCCCACGGGAAGGGCAAAAGGCCUGUGUCAUCCAUCUUUACUGAUGAAGAAGAUGACACUGAUGAAGGUGGAGACAACUUAGAGGAAAGUGACGAUAGUGGGGAAGACGAUGAGGAAGAUGAAGAAGAGGAAGUCGAUGACAGUGAUGAUGGUGAGGAGGAUGCUGGGAAGGGGUUGGAAGGCGCUGUUGGCGGAACCUCUGCUGACCUGAGCUCUGACGAAGAUGCAGAGAAAUGUCCCAUCUGCCUCCACUCCUUCCAGGAGCAACCUGUGGCCACACCUGAGGGCUGCGAACACUACUUCUGCCUGGACUGCAUCCUAGAAUGGUCCAAGAAUGCAAACUCCUGCCCUGUUGAUCGGAUUGCCUUCAGCCACAUCCACCUAAGAAAGUGUUACGGAGGGAAAGUUACAAAAAUGAUCGCAGUGCAGAAGCCAGUGAAGGCCGAGGAGGAGGUGCUGGACGUGGAUUUUGACCAGACCUGCUGUGAGGUGUGCGGUCGGAGCGACCGUGAGGACCGGCUGCUGCUGUGCGAUGGCUGUGAUGCAGGGUACCACAUGGAGUGUCUGACCCCUCCGCUGGACGCAGUGCCCGUGGAGGAGUGGUUCUGCCCAGAGUGCGCUGCCAAUAACCCACACACAGGGCAGGGUGGGGAGGAGGUGAGCGAGGAUGAGGUGGCAGCCCUGGUGGCUGACGCUGUCCCCACCACCAGCCGUCUGCGGACCUCCGCGACCGGCCCGACGCGCUCCAUCGCCCGCACGCGGCAGAGCGAGAGGGUCCGGGCCAACGUCAACAGGAACCGCAUCACGCAGGCGCGUACCAUGCAGCAUGUACCCAGGUACUUGAUACAGUCAACCUGGCUGGAUGAGACAAUCAACGCAGUGUUGAACUCUGCUGUGCAUGUGCGAAGUGUGACCCCUCGUGCUGGAACCAGCAGGAAAAGAAAGGCAGGUUCAGUGGGUAAGCAAAGGAAAUCAAAGUCUAAAAAGCUGAGGGCAAGAUCUUCUUCAGCUACCAGCAGAAAGGGCAGAACUGCUAGGGCGGACAUGGGGAGCCACCGACAGCAUCUCAGGCGAGUGAAGAAACAGGUGGUGAAGAAGGACCCUGCCCCUCAUUCAGGAUUCUCUAAGAGUGUGGGAGGUGGGAAGCAGAAACGGCGUUCCUCCAACACCUCGAUGUACCACCCUGAAAUUGGACCCUCCCCCCUCUCCAUCUAUGGAGACCCCUUUGAUCUGGACCCUUUUGAGGAUGACGACAGGGAGGCGGAGCAGGCCUCAGGACCCUUCUCCCCACCGAAUGUGAACAGACGGGGGCUGUCCCACUCCGCCCUGCGCUCCCACCAGCCUGUGGCCCGACCUGUCCAAGUCGGCCUGUCAAGGCGGGGUCUCCAUAUUCCAGAGGCAGACGUGGUAGAGGAGACUUCUCCAGUGCCAGACUUACUGGGCAGCAUCCUGUCUGGCCAGAGCAUGCUGCUGAUGGACAGUUCUGAUGUGGUCAUCAACAGAGAUGGCUCUCUAAAGCCCAUGAAACCAGCCUGUAUAUCAUCAUCAAGGACCAGCAUCUCAAGCAGCAGCAGCAUCUAUGAGCUGACCACUCAGAUCCAUGUGGGGGUGUCGACAAGCUCCGGGUCAAAGGCAGAUCAUGGCAGUCAGGAUGCAGGACCUUCCCACAGCUUCCCUAACGGACUAUCCUCACCUCACUGCCCACCUAGCACCAGGUCCUCACCAGCAACACCUAUACAUCCUCAGCAGGCUCCCCACAUGUCUUCCAUUGAACCGGGAGGCACUCAUGUCACUCCGAUAAAUUCUGGAAUCCAGCGACCUUCUGUAAAUCGAAUGGGUCUGAACCAGAGAGGCUGGAACACACACGGUCCAAGCAAUGGUCCUACCCCUCUGAGACACACAAACAGUGCACCUGAUUCAAACUCCAGAGGGAAGGAGAGGGGGUCAGUGAAAAAGCUCCCUCCUAAACCGUUGUGGCAGGAUGUGUCUGGGCUGCCACGGAUACCAAAGAUCAGAAAGGAGAGCUUCCCUGGAGGCAGCAGCAAAGGCAGUGAUGGCAUCUCGGACUCCUGUGUGAACAGCAUGAUGGGUAACGGCAGCCUGCAACAGACUGUGAGCCCAGGGACAUCCGGGGGUGAGCAGGGGAGAACAGGGGGCGGAGAGAGACAGAGGCAAGACAGGGCAGGCACCCAGUCAGCUUUCUCCAGCUCUUCCUCCACCUCCACAAGCGUGCCAGCAAACACUAGCUCCUCUUCCACUGUGAGCUUUCACACCAGUGCCAGUGGAAAUACAUGGCAUGCCAAACAGCACUCCAGUCCUGGGGCUCUUUGUAAUCCCCUGCCAUCCACAGCAGCUAAAACCUCAGAAAAGAGCCCUGAGUGCAAGAAGGUGCAAGGGAAAGAUAAGCUGACAAAGAGUGAAAAGUAUGACCCAUUUGAUCCCACAGUCUCUGACUCAAAUGCCUCUGAUAGUGCUUCAGAGAGUGAAGCUGCUGACACUGGAGUUAAUGCUGUGAUGUCCAGAGAAAAAGAGCCACCAGCCUCUAGUUUGGAAUUUAACCAAGAUGAUGUUAGUCACCAAGCAAAACCAGAAAUACCUGAGGGCGACUCAAAGGAGAGAGACAAAUGCUCAGAAUCCAGUCAGGACACCAAGAAUGAGAGGGAGGUGACAGAGACCGAUGGCUGUCUGAAUUUGGGUGAUGAAACACAAAACCCAUGUAAGCCUGAGGAGUUAAGCAAUGAACCUUUGCCUCAAGAAGGGGAGGAUACUUCAGCCAGCCAUAGAACAGAUCCAGCAAAUGCAGACGAGCAAAGCAGCAGGCUACCCCAGAAAGACUCCAACUACCAGAGUGAUAGGAGUGUAAAAUCAGAGGACAAAUCCAAACCCGAGGAUCGAAGCUCUAGGCCAGCUUCUCACUCUGCUGCCAAUAGGAAGGAAGAUCAGAGGGAGAGGGAGAAAAUGAAGGAUGGACAUUCCUCUUCCAGCUGCCCAGACACCAGUGGGAGGCAAAGAGAGAUGGAAGGGAAGAGCAGCAAGACGAUGCUGCACUGUUCCCAGUCUGGUGAAAGGAUGAGGACACGAUCUCCAUCUGAGCUGCCUGAGACUUCUGGGAGAUCCAGAGGGAAGAGGGGGCGGUCACAGUCACGGUCAAGGUCACGGUCAAGAGACAGGCGGAGGUCUCAUUCCAGGAGCAGAGAUGGAUCUAAAGGGAGGAAACUGAAGGAAAAGAGUCGUGAACAACAUAACAACAAAGGGAGUGAGAGCUGGAAGGGGUCAAAGGAAAAGCGGCAGGGUUACUCUCGUUCACGUUCCAGGUCUAGGUCUAGGUCUAGGUCUAGGUCGAGGGAGAGGAGGAGAGACAGGAAGUGGUCACAGUCCACAUCUAGGUCAAGGGAUAGACGUAGGUCAAGGUCAAAAGACAGAAAGAAAUUGAGGUCCAGAUCUCGAUCGAGAUCGAGGGAGAGGGGUGAAAAUUUCCCAUCACACAGCCGUGACUCCAUAGAGAAGAAUUCUCCGAAAUCAAAAUGGCCUUCUGCAACAUCUCACAAAGAAGUUACAGGUCCUAAAGAAAUGAAAAAACAGCAACUGGUCUCUGCCACCCUUGGCAAAGAAGUAACAGAACAUAAAGAAGUUGUGGAAGACAAGGCAGUCUCUCUCCACUUGGUCAAAGAAGUUACAGAAAAUAUUACAGACAAACCUGUUUCUCCCAGCACAUUCAGAGAAGUUAGAGAACCUGGAGAAAAUAAAAAAGAAGAACCCGUGUCUUUAAAUGCAGUCAACAAAAUAAUAGAACAAAAAGAAAUCAAAAUAAAUAUGUCUCCCACAGUGGUAAAGGGAGUUAAAGAACCUGAAGAGUUUAUAAAAGACAAACCUUUCUCUCCCAGCAAAGAAAUCGGAGAACCUGGGGAAGUAAAAAAAGACAAACCUGUCUCUUCCAGUGCGGUCAAAGAAGUAGCCGAACAUAAACCUGUCUCUCUUGGAAUACCGAAAGAAGUAACAGACCCUAAAGAAAAGAAAAAAGAAAGACAUGUUGCUUCAAAUGUGGACAGAAAAGUUACAGAACCUAAAAAAAUGAAAAAAGACAAACAUGCUGAUGCCACUGUGGUCAAAGAAUUGACAGAUCUGAAAGAAAUUAAAAAAGAGAAAAACAUCUGUCCUGAUGUGGCCAAAGUUACAAAUCAUGAAGACAUUAAAGAAGACAAACCUGUCUGCUCCAGUGCAGUCAAAGAAAUAACAGCACCUAAAGAAAUUAAAAUAAAGAAACAUGUUUCUCCUGGCAUGUUCAAAGACAUUACAGAAGCUAGAGAAAUUAAAAAAGACAAAACUCUCUCCAGCAGUGCAAUCAACGAAGUAACAGAACCCAAAGAGUUAAAAAACACACAUGUGUCUCCCAGUAUGGUCAAAGAAUUUACACAUCCUAGGGACGUUAAAAGUGUCAAAAAUGUUUCUCCUACUGUGGUCAAAGAAGUCACAGAGCCUAAAGAAAUAAAAGUAAAGAAACAUACAUCUCUUAGUGUAGCAGAAGAAGGGAGCAACUCCAAGAAAAUGAAAACAGAAAAAAACACAUCACUCAGCGCAGUCAAAGAGGAGGUUGCUGCUGCCACAGCUCACGGAGGAGAGGAAAAAAAUGGUGAGGAGCCAAAAAAAGACAAGAAAAGAACAGACACGAAACUGGAUUUUAAAACUCAGCUGAUCAAGAUGGAGGAGUCUGCACAGGUCUCCUGCCAGGAUAAGAGACUAUCCUCUGAGAAAACUAAGACUAGUCCUGCUACUCUGUACACAGGCACAGAGGAAAGCUUCAAGGUGGGAACAGCUAGUGUUUCCUCCAACAAUGUAUUAUUGAUGGAGAGGGAGAAGACAGAGAGCACAGGACCUGAAGAAAAAGACCCAGUUAAACAGGAGAGGGAGAUCUCCUCUCCCAAGCCCUCUGAAAUCAGUGUGGGCAGUGUCCCUGAUAGCCAGGAUGUCAGAAAACCUGAUGAGGCAGCAGGAGCUGAAGGUGAUCAAGGAAAGGCAGGGGUUCAGGACACACCAGUGGUCAUGGAGGAAGGACAGCGAGAAGUCACACCUAAGACAAAUCUUGUCACAGUUACAGCCUGCACUAAGUCCAAACCUGCAGUGAAGAGGGUCACCUGGAGCUUACAGGAGAAGGAUGAGGCCCCCACAGACAAACCUAGAAAGCUUUGUACAGUGAAGCAGAGAGGUGUGGAUGGAAGCACACCUGCCAACUCCAGCCAGGCCUUAACUCAGCCUGAGCAUACAGACAGGAUAGAGAGAGGAGAUCUGGGUGCAGUACUUCUGUCUUCUGGAUGUGAGGCAGACCUGGAGCUGGGCAUGUCUGCAGCCAGCACUGGGAAGGCCAUCCAGGACUCAUCCGAAAAAGACAAGUACAUGAAGAAACUGCACAUGCAGAGGAGGGCUGUGGAGGAGGUAAAGGUGGCCAUAAAACCUUUCUACCAGAGGAGAGACAUCACAAAGGAGGAGUACAAAGAAAUCCUACGCAAAGCUGUUCAGAAGAUUUGCCACAGCAGAAGUGGGGAGAUCAACACAGUAAAGGUUGCCAAUUUGGUAAAGGCAUACGUGGAUAAGUACAAGCAUGCCAGGAAACACAGGAACCCUGGGGAGGAGGGGCGGCUCCAGGAGGCGGGAGGGGAUCCUGUGAUGCCCCCGACAACACAAACCUGCUGACUUCCAGGGGGAAACUAAACUUCUCCACAGGCAACAGCCCUUCAGCUCCCUCCGUGUCUGGAAAUCACAUUUUACCAUUUUAUGCGUAGUAAAAUGAUUUUGUGGGCAGCCAUCCUGUGUGAUGCUGCCGCCCAAGGUGUUCCUCUGAGUUGUUUUAAGAAAAAUGGAAAAGACAAGAAGACGUGUCCAGAGUUUUAUUAUUCAUGAUGUAUUAUGACGCAUGAUAGGAUACUCCUGACACUUGUUGAAUUGUUGAAACAGUGUCCUCAGCCUAAUUCAUCCUGUCUCUCUGAAAA